UGGUUGGAGCCACCAUGUGCAAGUACCCGGCCCCGGAGUGCCAACCGAUUGAAGAUGGAAAUGAAGUGGACAAUGAAGCUGAAGAAGACAACGCUAUGAGUGAAGAUGAAGAAGAUAGUGAAGUAUCAGAUUCAGAGUCUUACUUCACCGACUCCAGUGUAAACAUGAGAACAGAGUCAGAAUCUGACGGAGAAUCCGCUAGCGGACACCGAGUCACCCCUGAUAUGGUGCUCCUACUCAUGCUGAAAGAAAACGGGGCCAUCUCUGAAGAAAAAUAUGCUGAGAAGGCAGAAAAAUGUGAGAAAAACUAUAGAUUCUUGAUUCCUAAAAUUCCAAGAUCACGAACAAGCUCAUACGAUUUGUUUAUGAGGGAACUUAAUGAAGCUGAAGAGUCUAAUGAUGAUGAUGAAAAUAAUGACAGUAACGCUGGUGUAACAGACAAGGAGGUAGAAGAUAAUGAUGGAAAUAAAGGUACUGUAGAAACUAGUAAUGUAAGUGAAGUUGAAUGUGAUAAAGAUAUAAUAAAAGAUGGAAAAGAUAUAGAAUCUAUUGAGAAAGAUAAAUUCAAAGAAGGGGCAUGUGAUUUGCCUAAGAACGAUACAAAUGUUCCUCUAGAACUAGACGAUACAAGCAGAAAACAAUGUAGUGAAGAAAACAUUUUAUUAAAAGAGGAACAAGGAAAUAUAGUUGGUAACCAGAUGGAAUGUGAAGAAGUACAAGAAAAAAUGCAAGAUUAUCCAGCAUGUGAUGAGAAUCAAAAAGAAGAAUAUCAAGGACAACAGAAACCGAUGCAUGAUAAUCUAUCACCUGAAAAAACUUUAGACAGUACAAUUCAAGAAACAAAUAAAGAUUGUAACAAUUAUAUUUUAUCAGAAUGUAUUGCCACAGAAUCUAUGAAAAAUGAUCAAAGUCAGAAGCAGGUUGGAGAUAUGUAUGUAGAGAAGGCCAAUAAUUUUCUAGGUAAUAAUUUAGUACCAGUAAAGGAUAGAAGAAUAGAGACAAAUACUAAUGCAACCAAAGAACCAGAUAACCAAGUUGUCUUAACAAAACAUGGAGAGGAAGUAAAAGACAAUCACAAUUCUGAAAACGAGAAAGGAGAUAUGCAUAAAGACAUUUUGCAAGGAAUUAAUUUAGUGCCAGUGGAGGACAACAGAAUAGAGGCAAAUAAUAAUUCAAUCAUAGAGGAAAAUGAACACUUAGUAAAAACUGGUGAAAAAUCCAAAGUAGAACGUCAAAAUUCUAAAAAUGAAAAAGAAGAAUGUAACGAUCGCUUGCUACAAAAUAACUUAGAAACAGAGGACAAAAGUAAAGAGACAAAUAACAACGCAAGCCAAAGCACAACCCAACAAGACUUAACCACAACAAAACCAGCAGAUAAUUCCAAAAUUGAAACCGAAAAUUCUCACACUGAAUCUAAUUUACCUACAGGCAAAAUAACUAAAAGUUUCAAGUAUAUUCUAAAGAAGUUAAUAAAGGAAAAGCGCAUUCCAAAAGAAGAUGAAGAGGAUCGUAUUUCUGAUGAAUUUGGAGAAGACUAUGCGACACAUUUGUGGUCAUUCGUGGCUUCGUUAGACCGCGAUUAUGAAAAUAAUACUCGGACAACCAUAGAAUAUUCAGACGACGAAGAAUAUGAAGACGACAAUCUUAGAGAGUUUGCUUUCUUCCUGAACUUCUAUUCGCCGUCAUCUUACAAGUAUAUCUUAGAAACGUACAAUACUCCGCUACCAGAGCUGAAAGUCCUAUAUUCAUGGUAUUUAAAAGAUGAUCAUUACCCGGGCCUGUCGGAGAAAGCCUUUAAGAUUUUAAAGGAAAAAUCUUCAGUGAAACGACAGACUUGUACCUUGAUGCUUAUUGAUAUAUUCUUGAAUAACGAAGGUAGAUAUUGUGACCAGGUGGACUAUGGACAUGGUGAAUACUUCAAUUUUAUCGACAAAGCUGUAUUGGCCUACGUUUUUGUGUUAGUAAGUUUAGACGAAGACUGGAAGAUGCCAAUAGGCUACAUUUUCGCGCGGAACAUUCCGGCUGAAACGCAGGCAGAGUACAUCAGGAUCUGUUUGACGCAUUGCAAUGAGGCCGGAGCUGAUGUUGUAGCGGUCACAUUGGAGAAUCCUACUCCUGCUGAGUAUCUUGGGUGUUCCUUUGAUAAUAUAAGGAAUUUAAAGACUACUUUUAAGCACCCGUCGUGUGACCGUGAAGUAGCUGUUUGGAUCGACCCUUGCUUGGCUCUCAAGAGCGCGCGUCAAACACUAGAAGUCAAAGGUGUUUUGAAAGAUGAUGAGGGCAAAAAAAUUCGCUGGAAUUUAAUAAGAAGGCUAAAGAGAUUACCUACAGAUGAUUUCGUCGAUCUUGAGGCUCCAGAAUUUUUCGAACUGAAAAAUCACAUCGCGAAAAUCGAUCUCACAUCGGAGACUUUCAGUAAAAGUCUGAUUCCAGCGUUGGAGCUUGCUGAAAAAUUAUUACCAGAUACGUUCACAGAUAUUGAACCGACGAAGAGAUAUAUAGCGUUUAUCAAUAUGCUGUAUAAUAUACUUAACUCAAGGGUGACUGCUAGAAUGCGAAAUAUUGCUUUACAAUUGCAUGAGGCGAAGAAAUAUUUGAUUCAUUUAUUUUCCAAUGAAGACAAUAAGUUAUCGACUUUGGAUAGAGAGAAUCUUGCCUGGAAACGCCUGCAAGGCUACCGAUACUUUCUCAAAGGCGAACCGGUCUGUGGUUUCAUCGGAUUCCUGAUUUGUAUCGAGAGUUUCAGGCAUUUAUACACUACUCUCAUUAAAAAGGAGAAGAGAAUCACUUACUUAAAUCCUCAGCGACUGUGCAAAGUGCAAGCGGAAGAUUUGGUGAACAAUUUAAGAGCAUACGACUAUUUAGACGCCGACUCUUUAUCUGGAGAACGUUUCCAACGUUUCUAUAACAAUUUAUUUGAAUAUCUUGAGAAAAACCCGCAGUUUUCUGACAAAAGUGUCCCAUUAGGACACUGGCCGUUGCAAAAUAGGUUUCCUCCGAUGGUCACUAUUAAGCUAACAUCUGGUAAGCGCUCCUAUGAUGACGUGUACUCCGGCCAAUACAGGCUUAAGAAGAUGAAAAAGACUUCAGAAGAAGAAAGAGCGACUAAAUUAGUCCGUGAUUACUCCAAAGCGAUGGACACAGAAAUAGACUUAUCGAUAAGAAAGAACAUGGUCGGUUUCUUAGCGGGCUGGAUCGCAGCUAAAUUUGCAAAGUGCUUGAAAUGCGAAGAGUGCAUUGAUUUGCUUUGUACUGAUAAGAAGCUUUGGUUUCAUAAGUUCAUAACUGUAAGAUGGAUCUACGCUUUAUGCUUGCCGAGCGAGGACAUUUUCCGUAUCUGUUGGGAGUGCGAACGAGCGCUCCGCAUGAAAGGGUCUCCUAUGCGCCUCAAGGCUUGGGUGCUCCGUCGUCUAGCCCCGAAAUUCCCCUGGUCUAAGUCUCCAAAAAGAUCUAAACACCGUCCGCUCCAUCAUAUCCAGCUCGCGCGCGCUGUGAUCGCGAAAUACCUCGCGCUGCGAAUGCCGACGCCAUUCGGGAAGAAAGACAGGGAGAAGAUUGUGGAGAUGUACCAGCAGUUCACGACCAGGGACCCUGAUGAGUCGAUGGACAAGUAUAGGGUUGAGGAUUUGGAAGACUGGUUGAAUCGUAGCAAAGAAGAGGAUUCUGAUGAUUGAUUUUUUAUAUAAUAUUGAUAAAUAAGACAAA